CCCUAGAUCCCGCCACACUCGCCGCAAACAAUGGCUGCGAUUGAAUCACACAAACCGGAGAUCACCAACGCCGAUGACGACGAAGACGAAUCUCCCGUGGAGGAGGUUCGUCUCACUGUGUCGAACCACGACGAUCCUUCUUUACCCGUGUGGACGUUUCGGAUGUGGUUUCUAGGUCUCCUCUCUUGUGUCCUCCUCUCGUUUCUCAACACUUUCUUCGGAUACAGGACUCAGCCUCUGAUGAUCACUAUGAUCUCUGUUCAAGUCGUUACGUUGCCUUUAGGGAAGCUUAUGGCUCGUGUUUUGCCUGAGACUAAGUAUAAGAUCGGGUCAUGGGAGUUUUCGUUUAAUCCGGGUCCGUUUAACGUGAAAGAGCAUGUGUUGAUCUCCAUGUUUGCUAACGCUGGUGCUGGGUUUGGAUCUGGUACUGCUUAUGCUGUUGGAAUUGUUGAUAUCAUCAUGGCUUUUUAUAAACGGAAGAUUAGUUUCCUGGCUAGUUGGAUUCUUGUUAUCACUACUCAGAUUCUUGGGUAUGGUUGGGCUGGUAUCAUGAGAAAGUUAGUGGUUGAUCCUGCUCAGAUGUGGUGGCCAACGAGUGUUCUUCAAGUCUCUCUGUUUCGUGCUCUUCAUGAGAAGGACAAUGCUAGAAUGUCUAGAGGGAAGUUCUUUGUGAUUGCGUUUGUUUGUAGCUUCGCGUGGUACAUAUUCCCUGCCUACUUGUUCUUGACCUUAUCAUCAAUAUCUUGGGUUUGUUGGGCAUUCCCAAAGUCUAUCACAGCUCAGCAGUUAGGCUCUGGAAUGUCAGGACUUGGCAUUGGUGCAUUUGCUCUUGAUUGGUCUGUCAUUGCUUCUUACCUUGGAAGCCCUCUUGUGACUCCUUUCUUUGCAAUCGUCAACGUCCUCGUUGGUUACAUUCUGGUCAUGUAUAUGGUUAUCCCUAUAUCAUACUGGGGAAUGAAUGUGUAUGAAGCAAACAAGUUUCCAAUUUUUUCCUCUGAUCUGUUUGAUAAGCAAGGGGAGCUUUACAAUAUCUCCACCAUUGUCAACAAUAAGUUUGAGUUGGACAUGGGGAAUUAUCAACAAGAAGGUCGGGUUUAUCUCAGCACGUUCUUCGCUAUCAGCUACGGGAUUGGUUUCGCAGCCAUCGUUUCCACACUGACUCAUGUUGCACUCUUCAAUGGAAAGGGAAUUUGGCAACAAGUACGAGCUUCAACCAAAGCUAAAGUGGACAUACACACAAGGUUGAUGAAGAAGUACAAAGACAUACCAAGCUGGUGGUUUUACGGCCUGCUAGCUAUCUCAUUAGCACUAUCUCUUGUUCUCUGCAUUUUCAUGAAAGACCAGAUCCAGAUGCCUUGGUGGGGACUCCUUCUAGCUUCUUUCAUGGCUUUAACCUUCACCGUACCAGUCAGCAUUAUCACUGCUACAACUAAUCAGACUCCAGGUCUGAACAUCAUCACAGAGUAUCUCAUGGGUGUGUUGUUACCAGGGAGACCAAUAGCUAACGUCUGCUUCAAAACUUACGGGUACAUAAGCAUGUCACAAGCAAUUUCAUUCCUCAACGACUUCAAGCUAGGCCAUUACAUGAAGAUACCGCCAAGGUCGAUGUUCUUAGUCCAGCUCAUAGGAACGGUGAUAGCAGGCACAGUGAAUAUAUCAGUGGCAUGGUACUUGCUCACAUCAGUAGAAAACAUAUGCCAGAAAGAGUUGCUUCCUCCGAACAGUCCAUGGACAUGUCCAAGUGACAGGGUUUUCUUUGACGCAUCAGUGAUUUGGGGAUUAGUAGGACCCAAGAGAAUCUUUGGCCGGCUAGGAAACUACCCUGCACUAAACUGGUUCUUCUUAGGUGGACUGAUAGGACCUGUCCUCGUAUGGCUUCUCCAAAAGGCCUUCCCGACAAAAACAUGGAUCUCGCAGAUCAAUCUCCCGGUGCUUUUAGGGGCAACAGCUGCAAUGCCGCCAGCAACAAGCGUGAACUUCAACUGCUGGAUCAUUGUAGGUGUGAUAUUCAACUACUUUGUGUUCAAGUACUACAAAGGGUGGUGGCAGAGGUAUAAUUACGUGCUAUCAGCAGCAUUAGACGCGGGUUUAGCGUUCAUGGGAGUGCUCUUAUACUUUAGUCUGACGAUGAAUGGUAUCUCUAUUGAUCAUUGGUGGGGUGCUAAUGGUGAGAACUGUCCUCUUGCCUCUUGUCCUACUGCUCCUGGAAUUCAAGUCGAAGGUUGUCCUGUUUUUUAAGUUUUUUUUGGUUUCUUUUAGAUUUACAGCUUUCUGGAGAUAUUUGUCCCAUUUGUUUUUAGACUUGAAUCUGUUAAUUUUUUGGGCCGGACUGAACUUGGAGAGAUAGUACAGAUAAACAAAAUCAGACUCUAAUGAUUAAUUAGCGAGUAAUGUUUCGUUCAACGUUGA